GCCUUCACGGAUACUAAGAUCCUCAUCUUUCACAGUCACAACGUCUCAUCUUCUCGGCGCUGAAGUGAACCCAGCAUUUGCAAUAUAUCAACGUCUGCUGCCAACUUCACGUGCCACUGACUCAAUCGAGUAGCGGCUCAGCGAUUAUCAUGAUUCAAUGCCCGGCUUGCGAAGGAUAUCCAUGCCAGCCUCCAGUUUACCAUCUUCCCAUAACACAGCACGGCGUCAUCACCGAAUCCCAAAUGGGUCGAUGGGACGAGGAUACCCAGAAACUGAGCCAACCAUCCACCAUGAAUUUGAGUUCCGUGACUUCAAACAAACAGCCAGUCCGUCUGAAGAAAACAACAGACGAGGCUAGACGUAUUCGGAAAGACUGUCUAGAUCGACAUGGUCGGAGAAACACAAAGCCUCGAGAGCUGCAGGGAACGAAACGCCUGGAAAAGUGUGCUCUCACUGGACGCAAUAUGAUAGGCGCGACAGUCCCGAACAUCGACCCGCGGCGGUCGGAUCUCCUGCGCCGAACCUGCAGAGAAGAACAAACGGGACAGAUGGGCAAGAAUGGUGAUCCUCAUCGCCGAGCCAAGAAAAUAUCGCUGUACGCACAACGUAGCGAUGUCACCUUCAAGAUGCCAACCCGAACCUUGGGGAAAGCCACAUCUUGUGAUUCGUGCCUCCGCUUACUAUUGAAAACAUCGUAUAGUCCUACAACCAGAAGACUCCACGACGUCAUUGUCCGGGGACGCAGCGCAGCAUCGCGAGAUUUACGCUUUACAAAUUACGAAAGGCGCAGGAUAGAGAGCGAGUCAUGGUGAACUCAAAGAAGACGCCCAUCUUAGGUGUGCUCGUCGCUCCGUGAUCCUGGCACACGCGACAACUCUGCUCCUAGCUCCAACUCAAUCAUGGGCGCUCCCCAGGCGACGUAUGAUUGAGAUUGG